AUGACCACCAAGAGGGCCGUGGAUGUAGCCGACAGAAGUUCCACCAAUACUAUUUCCCAGUUCAGCAGCGAGCAGAGCACCUCUAUUUACACCGAUGAAACUUCCCUACCCAGUCCGUUGCAUAAUCAACCACAUUCCGAGUUAUCUAACCCACUGGCAGCCGGGGGACGACUCAGAGACCGGUAUGUUGCGGACUGGAGUAAGCGGACAACUCCCAGCACAGGAGUCUUCGGACCAACCAGUAUUCUGGCAGUUCUCAGUGAAAGUGAGGAUUCAAUCGCCCGGUCAUCCUCUGAUUUGGCGCUAUUCGCCAAAUCACUCCAAAAUAAUCGAAGCGCCAUCAUCGAUGAUGGCCAGAUUCAACUUGGAUCGGAACUUCUGCUGCUUCUAUUUGAUGACUUGAUCUUUUACGAGAAGAUGGCAACUGCUACAUUCGACCAUUGCCAGGGGGAUCUCUUUGCUACGCCAACCCUACGCCUAAUCUUCUCGUCAAUCCGGAAAAUGCUAGACGAAGCCAUCUCGGAUAAAUUCAAUCCACUCCCUGAUCUCGUCACACUAUCGAAAAGUAUAUUUGCAACUUCUUCCAAACCACUGAAAGUGGAUCCGAACAUGGGCCCGGCAGAAUAUUUCACGGCAAUGCCGAACAGAUGGGAAAUAAUCGGGUUAAUGUUUUCGGUCAUCGGUUCCAGUGCAUUACUUCUUCAGCGACAGGAUCUCAUCGCGUAUUCCGCCUCUGUCAGCUCAUGCCUCGAUCGCAAGGGUCUUGCUGCUGUAUGCAUAGCAGCUGGCGAAAUAUGCCUUCAAUUUUGCGAAAAUACCGGACUCAUUACGGAGCAGCUCUGUUGGGUCGUUCUUGAGCAUACUUCACUACUUACUCUGAUAUAUGGAGAUUAUGAUUAUCGCCCUUGGAAGACCUUUGGCAAUUUAUGCACGCUGAUAUUCGCGCUCGGUUUCCAUCAACGAGACAGCAAUGCAAAAAUCCCGUUUUUCCUUGCUGAACACCGAAAACGGCUUCUAGUCUCUACUUACUAUAUGGAUAAGGGGCUAUCUACGUUUCUGGGCCGCCCUCCACGUAUGAUUCGGCGGUAUAUAAAUGUUGAACCUCCGCUCGACAUGACGUUUGAGGAUGUGAUGGCACCGCCUGAAGUCCGCGAUUCCAUCAUUGCCAAGCUUGACCAAGAUGGCUGGAAUGCAGAAGGUAUUCAUACUCGAGUGUCGUACGAUCGGGCAUCUUUUUUCAUGGGCUCUAUCCGGGAGACUGUGCUGGAGCUUUCCAUGAAUCCCGACAUUGAGGAUCUGGAAGCAAGAAUAUCAGAGAUCUCAAGCUUGGCACAGAAGAUGCGUAGCGACCUACCACCCACUUUAUGGCGCACUGGCAGCAUUGAAGAUUUUGAACGAGAGCCAGAUUCCAGCAAAGUCUCUCUAUGUCUUCACAUAGAUUACUUAUUCAAUGAUUUUAUUCUACAACGAAUCCUUGUCCAGCGGACUGAGAAGGGGUCUGAAAAGCUGGUCAAUGUCGCUCACGAACUGUUGAGCAAUCUGCUGCUUUUAAUAGUCAAUAGAUCAUCUGCGGGAGAAGACGUAAACUCACUUGUGUGGAUUAUCUCAUCCGUCGGUCUCCCCUCCGCGGGUGUCUUAGCCAUCGAGCUCCUUCGCCAGUUCCAGGAUCAACGCCCUGAUCCAUUAUUUCCGCGUUCGGAAAUUAUUCAAAGCCUUAGUCGUUUUGCUGCAGAUUUGGAACAUGCCGUCUCUCGUCAAGCAGGUAAUCAUGCAAUCUGCCAGCAGGCCAGAAACAUGAUACGACACAUCCUGGACCGUGUCUUGUCGGGGCCUCCCUCAGGUCUGGCGGUACAUAAUUUGCAUGAAAACAAUGCUGGGGCCGCGGGAAACGAUAAUUUUACGUUUGUGCCCAUGGACUGGCUAGCAGGGGAUUUCAAUGCAUGGCUGGAUGAAGAUUCGGAUCUGAUGAAGUGGAUCAAUAGCUUUGAUGGCCGCAUACGUGAAUGCGAUCGCUUUGAUUACAAUAUCACGAGAUCCACCGAAGAGGUUCAUGAUUGUUAUAUCGCCGCCGGUAAUUCGACUUCAGGAAUGCUCCAGAUCAAGUACUGGGGAACAGAUACAGGAGUUCAUGUUCCGGCGGACCUCUUGUGGUCAGCCAAUCUCCCGUAG